GGAUGACAACUGAAUUGAGUGGAGAUUUCGUGGGGAUCAGAUCGGUUUGAUAUAUAAAAGCGACGUCAUUAAAACAUCCACAAAUCAGCGCCAGUUUUCUGAGCAUAUAGUUGUGUGAUGAAGCCGGUUUUAUUAUUAUUCGCCUUAGUAGGCGUUAUUUAUUGUAAGCCACAAAACGAUCCCAGACAAGCUUACAUCACCAGAUACGACAGUGAUAAUGAUGGUUUAGGGGCGUAUUCCUACAACGUUGCCACCAGUGACGGUUUCACCCACGACGUAAAAGCGGAAGCUGCCCAAGGACCAGAGGGACUCUUCCCUAAAGUCACCGGCUCCUACUCCUACAUCGGACCCGAUGGAGUGACUUACACAGUCCUGUACGUCGCCGACGAGUACGGCUUCCGUGCUGCAGGUGAACACAUCCCGCCGGCCGCCCACACGGACAAGAAGGUGCCACCACUAGGUAUUCCCGGAGCCGCCAUCGCUUCUUUGGCCGGAGGCGGUUUGGGUUAAUGAAAGAACAGGGAAUUAAUAUUUAAUUGCCGUCUUUUCUUGCCAUAAUACGUAACUGUUCGAAUUAUAGUCAAUGUAUUUAAAUUAAUUUUGAAGCUUUUAUUUGUAAAAAUGUAAAUAAUAUAUGAAUUUAUAAUAAAAAUUGUAAAAUGUU